UACGACGUCCUGGGCGUCGCGCGCGACGCGUCCGCAGCGGAGAUCAAGCAGGCCUACCGCAAGCGGGCGCUGCUCAGCCAUCCCGACAAGAAUCCCGGCGAUUGCGACGCCGUCGAUCGCUUCCUGCGCGCGACGCUGGCCUAUGAGAUUCUUCGUGAUCCGGCGAAGCGCGAACGCUACGACGACGGCGACGGCGACGAGGCGACGAUCUUCGCCGGCCGCGGCUUCGACGGCGCCUGCGACCUCUUCGACGCGAACGUCGGC